GGCUCGAGUCCGGGUUUCGCACGUCGCUCCGGGUCGUCCGUCUGUCCCACUCCGGGUUGUUUGUUUUUUUUUUUUUAAAUUUUUGCUUCUCACGUGACCUGCACGGGUCAGGGAUGGUUUACUUCCUGCAAUUGUUGUCGACUUCGUUAUUGGAUAAUUAGGCUGAAGAUGUUGCCUCUAUCAUUACGUCUCCCCGGUGAUCCCUGAAGAGGCUCCUCAAUGGCUAAGAACCCUUAAGGAGGAGGAGGAGGAGGGAAUGCCCUCUUGGAUGUUACAAGGCGCGCCCUACAAAGGGCUCUUUAUACUCGUCCUGGUUUUCGUCGCCCUGGAAUAUAUCUUUAACACCGUAACGGAGACUAGGAACGCCAUCUUUAAUGCCACAAGAUCCUAUCAGUUAAUCGAAGAGAAAUUGACCUACGGCCCCGCGGCCCCGAACCAUACAAAAAAGGCGAAUCUCUCGAUGGACCUGUCGAAUUUGCAUUACAUAGUGACGGUACCGCCCGCCCUGAUCGGUGUGAAUCUAUCCACGACGUACGUCACGACCGUCAAAAGAGAGAGUGACUUUACGGCAGAAAAUGGGACUUCCACUGAUAAGCCCCCCUGCGCGGACAUAACGCAAACUUUGUAUGGCAGGGUCCCGAUAAGGAAAUACCCGAUACCCUCCCUGGAAUCCCUAGAGAAGAAAUUCGAUUGGCUAAUGCCGGGCGGCCACUGGUCGCCCCCCAAAUGCACGGUGGACAAGAGGGUGGCCCUAGUCGUGCCCUUUAGGGACCGCGGUGGCCACUUGUUGCUCUUUUUGCAACACAUGCACCCCUUUUUACGGAAACAACAGUUGGAUUAUACGAUUUUCGUUGUCGAACAGGAGGGAAACGGACCGUUUAACAGGGCGAUGCUGAUGAACGUGGGGUACAGCGAAGCCCUAAAGUCCGGCAAAUUCGACUGUUUCAUAUUCCACGACGUGGACCUGCUGCCGGAAGACGACCGGAACUUGUACAGUUGCCCCGAGCAACCGAGACACAUGAGCGUCGCCGUCGAUAUGUUCCAGUACAAACUUCCGUAUCCGGCGAUAUUCGGGGGCGUGUCCGCCAUCAGUACCGCCCACUUUAAGUUACUGAACGGGUUUUCGAAUUGUUUUUGGGGGUGGGGCGGCGAGGACGACGACAUGUCCAAUCGGAUCCGGUACCACCGCUUGUACAUCUCCCGGUACCCGAUCACGAUCGCCCGGUACACCAUGUUGAGUCACAGAAAGGACCCGCCCAAUCCCAGCAGGUAUGACGUAUUGAAAAAGGGCCAAAAGCUGUUCGACAAAGACGGAUUAAACGACCUCGAGUACGUCUUGGUGAUGAAGAAAGAAAAGUUACUUUACACGUGGAUAUUGGCGCGACUGAUGAAUCAUACCAGCGACCACCACCAUAGAUAAAAACGUCAUUUUUUUAGGUCCGUUUAACACACAUAUCAAGGGGCUUUUAAGUAGGUAGGUUAUUACUAUAUUAGUGUCGUUAUAAAUUAAAUAAUACAUACAGGGCUGGACUUUAAGUUAUUUUGGGCUGUGAAAAAUGCGUAUGUAAGGGUGGUAAGGGUUCUGUUGUAUAAUAAACAAUACCGGAAGUAUCUAGAAUCUAGACGAGGUACACACGGAAUAAAGUGUGAUUUUUAUAAAUUAACUUUCGCUUUGCUGAAAAUUUAACGUACGUAAUACGACCCUCAAAAAGUAUUUGUUAUAGCAAUAUCUCUAUAUAUAUGUGCGUAUUACGACGACUAUUCCAAAAACAAAGAUUGUGAUAUAACCCUAUAAAUUCUCUAUUAAUAAAGAUAAAAAUGAUGCGUUG